AUGGUUGGUUCGGGUCAGAUUGAGGAGCAGCAGAUUCUUGAUGUUGAAGCCCUCCCUGCCUCCUCGACCGUCACACAGGCGGCAGACUCGAAUCCCAACACCUCUGCGGCCUUCCACAUCUCGCCCAUGAUGUCGAUUCCGGUCAGCUUUCCACAGCUUGGGGAGAGCACCUUGUGCUGCAGAGGUGGGUUUACCCCUCUGGUUGAACUUUCGACUCGAACAUCGUCGGUCCGUGCCAGAUUUCUUGCCAUCAAGAUUCCUUGCCGCCGUCCAUUGAGUGCGCCCGCAGGGCCCGCCAAAGCAUUGGUGACCGACAUCACUCCGCCUUGUGCUGCUUCUCCUUUGACCACCCUCUACCAACUUCGCGGCCCUGAUAACAAGCGCACACAGAACCAGCUUCAUUAUUUCAUCGUUUUUAUCCGAGAUGCAUCUGUCAUUUCCGAUGCAUUUGUCAAACCAAUCGAUGGAAUGGCUCUGCAAGUUUCCUCCCGUCUCAGCGUGCUGCAUCCGAAGUUGGAACCGUAUGACCAGGGCCCUUGGGCCUCUCCAGAACGCAUAAAAGGCAGAGGGUCUCUUCCUUCCUCAGAACCUCAUCCUGUUGCACGUUUCAGGUCUCCAAGAAGCUACUCUUAG